AUGGCGACACAGGAUAUGGAUGGUUCGAUGGCCUCCUUCAAGGAGGCCUGCGAGCGAUUCAUGGCUGCUCAGAGUGAUCAGACGUUUCAAGCUGUCUAUCAGGUUCUUCUUUCCCUCGACGAUGCCAGGGUAGACUCCCUGCUGGAGUCUGUCGACCCCAACGUUCGUCGAGCGUUGGCCUUGUGGUCUCCAGACGCCAAUGGCAGCGCGAACACUGACGACGAGACAUCGCCAGCAGAUACAAACAACAACAACAACAACAACAACAACAACAACAACAACAACAACAACAACAACAACAACAACAACAAAGCAGAUUCACCGAUCACAACGAUUGCCAGUGAAUCCAAGGAUGAGAACAGAUUUGCAACCAAUCGGCCCAGGUCAGAAGUAUCACUGCGAGACUCAGGGGUUGUCGUGCCCCCUCGCGAGCCGUCCGUGUCUCUGAACGGGGUAGAGGAGCAGAGGAUUGAGAUUCUUGAAGCCAGGAAGAAAGCUUUCGAGCUCUCGUCUCUGCUCGCCCACGAGUCCCACGAGUUCCAGCGGGUGAGCGAGCAGCUCUCCCAGCUGAAGGUUGCCUCGAGAAAGAAACACCGCAAACUGCAGGAGGACAUAGAUGUGCUGAGGACUCAGCAUGAGAAAGACAACGUCACUAUCUCGACACUCCGAGCCGAGCUGGAGAAGCUGCGCAAGUCUCACGCGAUCGAGAUAGAGGACGCGACAUUCAAGAUACGAGAGAUUCAGAGGGAGAGUGAGAUUGACAAGGGGACGCUCAACGCUGUAAGGAAAGAGAACUCGAAGCUGCUGAACCAACUGCAAGUCAAGUCGAAGGUUGAGACCCAGUACAUCUCCGAGAUCUCCAAGUUGAAGUCAGCCCUGCGGCGCGACGAGAGAAAUCUCGCGACGCUGGAGAACGAGGUCAAGAGACUGCAAGAUGAGAACCUGAAACUGAAGCUCAGGCUCAACGAUCAUGCGAGCGAUAGGGAUCAGAUCAGCAUGAAGCUUGCGCUCAUGGAUGAGCUGAAGGAAGAGAACCUGACGCUUCAGGACCAUGUGAGGUCCCUGAGGGAGGAGCUUGACAGGCAAAAAUACUCUCACUCAUGGGAGAAAGACGACUUCUUCGCGACUUCCGAGCAACAAAUCGCUCGGCUGUGCUCGGAGCUAAGGCUCAUCGGGAAGGACAUGUCGCAAGUCUACACGCAGUUUGAAGACGAGGAGGAGGAACAUUGCUGCAGGGUAAAGCCGUACGCGCCUCACUCGGACGAUAGCGACUUGGAUGGCGCCGACAACCUUCCUUUCCGUACCUCCACUUGCAACAACCGAGAGUGCACGCUGCGGAACAAGUACCUGCUGUGGAAGUUAGAUGCAACCAUGAAGCAGCUGAACGAAGUGCCGAGCAAGCGACUGGACGACAGUUGGAACCAAAGUCAAGAUGCUGCCAUCUCUUCCCUCCAGUUGGAGGCGACAGAGAGGAGGAAGGAGCUUGAGUUCGCCCAGCAGGUUCUUGUGGAGAGGCAGCAGGCGUUGGACGAGGCUCUGCGCAGGAGGAAGGAGGCGGAGGAGAGGCUGGCGGUGCGAGAGCGCGAGGAAGCGUUAAGACUGGAGGAGAUCUGUGGAGAAGUCGAGACGCUGCGACGGGCGCUGGAGGAGAGCAAGAGAGCGAGCUGGGAAGGGCUGGAGAGGGCAAGGAACGAGUCGCGCACUCUCACCAGCGUGCGGGAGGAGCGCGAUGAGCUGCUGAGGAGCAUGAAACACCUCCAGGCGACGCUGGAUGUGACGGAGAAGAGCAGGAUGGACGACUGGGAGCGGUGGAGGUUGAUGGAGGCAUCCAAGAACGCUGAGAUCAAGAUGCUGAAGCAGAUGGUUGACAGCAGGAGCAACGCGGAUGAAGCCGUGAGUCAGAUGGAGACGAGGGCGUGUCAAGUCAUGCAGAAGCUCGACGACUCUUACGCCGAGAUCAAGGACCUGACCAUCCAGCUGUCGAGCAUGACGAUGAUGAAGGAGACGGCGGAGGCCUCCCUCGUUGACUCUGACAAGAAGAUCGAGGCCCUCCGGCUGCGCAUCCAAGAGCUGGAGACGAUGACGUCACUCCAACUGGACCCUGACCUUGACAGCUCCCAUCCAGCUGAGGCUCUACUGGAGGCGAGCAGGAACGAGUGCAGAAAGCUGCUGCAUGACAACAAGGUGCUGCUGGAAGACAACAAGAGAUUCUUCGCAGACAACAAGCACAUGACGUCGGAGAUCAAGACGCUGGAGGAGCAGCUGCAGCAGCUCCGCGUUAGCCUGGCAGCGCUCGAGGAGCAGCACAACAACGUAACCCCCACUUCCCAUGCCGCCGUUAGCCCAGCCGCCGCGGAGACGUCGAGGGAGAGAGAGAGCGAAGGAGCAGCAAGGGAGGACGGAGUUGCGGCAGUCGCCGAGUUUGCGGUGCAGGUGGAGGAAACGGCUGAGCUGCGGGUGAGGAACAAGCAGCUCUUCGAAGACAACGUGAGGAUGUACGAGGACUGCAAGAGGUUUCUGCUGGAGAUCGCGACGCUCAAGGAGCAGAACGCGCUCCUCCAGCGAGAGAAGCUCGAGUCUCCCUCCCUCCCUCCCAGCUCAGAGCAGGAAGAUAGCUCGGUGAUAAUUGACGUCGUGCUGGACAUGCCGAUCAAGGACAUCGAGGCUGCGGAGGAAGAGUUCAUGGAGGAGCUCGCAGAGGACCUCGCCCGAGCCGUCGGAGGUCGCAAAGACUUGGUCCGAGUACUGAGCCUGCGGGCCGGGUCGGUGGUGGCGGAGGUAGAGCUGAUGAGCGGGAUCUGCGGGGGAGGGAAGAGCGCGAGGAGGGCGGCGGAGGAGCUGCGGGCGCAGGCGUCAGAGGAGUCGUCGCGGCUGAGGGGGGGGAAGCACACGAGGAGGGUGAGGGAGGUGACGGUGCUAGAGGGGAGGGGAGGGGAGGAGGGGAAGGAGGCGGAGACGCUGCGGAAGGAGAACGAGCGGCUGUACGAGGACAACUGCAGGAUGUAUGCUGACUGCAAGCAGUUCGUGUCGGAGCUGGAGAAGAUCUCGCAGGAGCGGGAUCAGCUAAGGAGGGAGCUGGAGGAAGUAGGACAGAGCGGGCAAGAGCUCGCAGCCGACUUGCCUCAGAGAAACUUCUUGCAGGUCGAGAGGCUUCAGGUGACAGGUGACGACAAAGAGGAGCAGGUCGCCAGCCUGCAGGCCAAGUGCUGGGAGUACGAGACAAGAGUGAGCGAGCUGGAAGCCCUGAGGGAGGAGCUGGAGGAACAACUCGCCAUGAUGAGAGAGGAGGAGGCGAUGAGGAGAGAGGAGGAGGGAGGAAGCAGUUUCAUAGAGCUUGUCAUGGACUUGGACUACGUAGAAGUCACCAACAACGAAGAAAAUUUCUUGGAGGAGCUCGCAGAGGACCUCGCCCGAGCCGUCGGAGGUCGCAAAGACUUGGUCCGAGUACUGAGCCUGCGGGCCGGGUCGGUGGUGGCGGAGGUAGAGCUGAUGAGCGGGAUCUGCGGGGGAGGGAAGAGCGCGAGGAGGGCGGCGGAGGAGCUGCAAGCUCAGGCGUCAGAGGAGUCGUCGCGGCUGAGGGGGGGGAAGCACACGAGGAGGGUGAGGGAGGUGACGGUGCUGGAGGGGAGGGGAGGGGAGGAGGGGAAGGAGGCGGAGACGCUGCGGAAGGAGAACGAGCGGCUGUACGAGGACAACUGCAGGAUGUACGACGACUGUCAGAAUCUGCUACAGCAGCUUCAGGUGGCGGAGCAGGAACAGGAGAAGUUGGCUCAGGAGCUCAUUGCGCGGGAAGAGGAGAUCUCGAUCUUGCACGACAGCCUUCACAAUCAGGACGCGUGGGCAGCUGAGCAGCAGAAGAACCAAAAAGAGGCAGGAGCGCAGAAGGAGCUGGAGGAGAAGCUCAGAGAGCUGGAGGAGAAGCUAGAGGAUAUGGGGAGGGCAGUGCGCGAGUUCUUUGCGCGCUGUCUCCCUCCUCCGACCUUCAUGAUCGCAUCUGCCACCAUCCUUGUGGACCUCGAGAUGAACUUCGACGAUCUGCUGGGAGAGGAAGAGUUCAUGGAGGAGCUCGCAGAGGACCUCGCCCGAGCCGUCGGAGGUCGCAAAGACUUGGUCCGAGUACUCAGCCUGCGGGCCGGGUCGGUGGUGGCGGAGGUAGAGCUGAUGAGCGGGAUCUGCGGGGGAGGGAAGAGCGCGAGGAGGGCGGCGGAGGAGCUGCAAGCUCAGGCGUCAGAGGAGUCGUCGCGGCUGAGGGGGGGGAAGCACACGAGGAGGGUGAGGGAGGUGACGGUGCUGGAGCAGGAGGAGGACGAGGACGACGGCAGCGCGUCUGAGCUGCCCGUCGACCUUCUGCUUGCUGGCUUUCAGGAUGAGAACCGAAAUCUUCUCAUGUCCAUCAACAAGAUGAUCCUCCACCAGAAUGGCCUCCUGCCAGAUCUGCAGCGAGAGCAGAGUAGAGGAGAAGGAGGACGAGAAGGAGGAGGAGGAGGAGGAGGAGGAGGAGGAGAGGACUUCCACAUGGCGCUGAAGCUGGACAUGAAGAUGGAGGAGGUGGCAGGGAGGGAGGAGGAGUUCAUGGACGAGGUGUGCGAGGAUGUCGCAGAUGCAGUGGGAGGCCGCAAGGAGAAGGUGAAGGUGCGGGGAAUGCGGGAAGGAUCCAUCCUGCUUGACAUCGUCCUCCUUGAGGGGAUCUGCGGGGAAGGGAAGAGCGCGAGGAGAGCGGCGGAGGAGCUGCGGGCUCAGGCAGAGGACGAGUCGUCGCGGCUGAGGGGGGGGAAGCACACGAGCAAGACGAGCAGCCUGGAUAUCAUUUGGCACGCGGAAGAAAUUGUGGAGGGAAAGAGGAGCGUGCGAGAAGAAGAGGAGAGGAGCGUGCGAGAGGAGGAGGAGGACAGGAGGAAGCGAGAGAUUCUUGAGGAGGAGAGGAGAUUGAAGGUGUAUGAAGAGGAGAGGUUGCGAGAGGAGGAGGAGAGGAGCAGGAGGAAGCAAGAUCAGGAGGCUCUCCGGGCCCUGGCAGCUGGGCUCAAGCAGGACGAGCAGCGAGCAGAGCUCUCGGAGCUGCAGAUGGAGCAACUCAUCAGCUCGCGCUCAGCUGAGCUCGUCCGAAUGCACCAGCUGGAGGCCGACCUGGAGCUCUUUCGCAGCUCGACGGAGGACGAGAGGAUGCUGGAAAUGUCAGAGAGGAUCGCGGAGCUCAUGGCGAAGCAUGAGACGUCGAUCAAGGAGCUGGCGAGGCUGGCGAGCAUGGCGGAGGAGCACAAAAGGGGCCAGCAGGAGGCGGAGGAGCAGCUGCUGAGGUACAAGGAUCAGGUGUACCAAGAGAGGAAGCGGAUGAUGAAGGCGUCAGCCUCCUCCUUCAACGAGCACGAGGUCCUUCAGAGGAGGCUCGAGGCCAAGAGCGAAGAAUGCUCCGCCCUGCAGGCCCAGUGCACCCUUCUCCUCUCCCAUGCCUCCUCCCGCAGUUCCCAGCAGGCUGAGCUGACCGCAUACAUGGAGGAACUCGACCGCUCUCUUCGGCAGCUGGAGGCUCUGGUGGAAAGGGUGCAGGAGGAGUCGCUGCAGAAGAUGCUGGCGAGCAAGAGGGUGCAGCAGGAGCAGGCGAGGGAGCUCGAAAGGCUGAGGAGGAUGGAGGAGCUGAGGGUGAGGGAACUUGACUUGCUCAGGGAGGAGAUCAGUCAGAGCUCAACAGCUGGGUCGGUUCCUGGAGGGCAGCCGGGCAUGAAGAAGCUCCUUGAGCUGACCGUGGAGCUGGAGGAGGUGACGGCGAGGCUGGUGGAGGAAGAGAUGAGGGUGCAGCAGCUGGAGGAGCAGACGGAAGACUACGAGACGAUGAUGCUGCGGGUGCAGGACAAAGUCAACGAGCUCGAGAGAUCCCACGACGAGUUUGCGGAGGUCAACGAGCAUCUCCAGCUGGAGAACAGCAGGUUGGAGACUGAGCUCGGGCAGGAGCUGGAGGAGCUGAGGAGGAGGAGCGACCUACUCCAGCUGGACAACAGCAGGCUGCAGCAGGCGCUCGAGAGCCAAGGGAGGAGGCUGCGAGACAGCGAGGAGCAGCGGCACCAGCUGCUGGGCGAGCUGCAGGACGUGAGGGAGGACCUGCAUGCUCUGCGUGAGCUGGAGCUGGAAGCCCAGCUGCACAGUAUCAUCCUGCGGAUCGAGGACGCGGAGAGGCAGGAAGAGCUGCUCGAGGAAGAGCUGCUGGGAAUGCACGUGCGGGUCAGGGAGCUCCACAUCUCCAACUCCGAGCAGCGAGAGGUGCAGGAGGGAAAGAAAAACGUCAAAGAGGCCGGGGAGGGAGAGAGGGGGGGCAAGAAAGAUGUCAACAUGGCGUCAAACCCCAAGGUGCAUGGGGAAGACUCGUCGGACUUCUCUGAGUCCUCGGGGCCUGAAAGGAUGCGAGCGAUGAUAACUCGACUCGCCAUGGCCCAGACUGAUAUCGCAAGGAAGGAUGGCGAGAUUCAUCAGCUCAAUUCAUUGAUAACAAGCCUGCGAUCAAGUCUUGGGAUGGCAGAGCAGCAGCUCAGAGAAUGGAAGUUGAGGGCGUCACAGCACAGCAAAGAGAGCAGAUGGCUGCGCAGUCAGACUUCAUAUGGAGAGGAGGAGAAAGGAAAGAACUCGAUUCUCUCCAUGCCGGGGGAUAGCGGCAUUUUUGGGACCUCAGGAGUCUUUGCGCCAGAGCAGAUCGAGGACAGAUACUUGGCGCAGCAAGAGAGAAUGGCGAAUCCUCCUGACCCUCAGCUGGAGGGGGAGGAGAGGAAAGGAGAGCAGUACGCGCGAUCGGAGGGAUCCGAUUACGAGUACGAGUACGAAGACACGGAGGAGGAGGAGGAGGAGGAGGAGGAGAAGAUGGAGGUGCACAGGGAGGAGCAAGGGAGGACAGAGGAAGACUUGCAGGCUCGUCGAGAUCAGCCUCGGGUGAUCAACCACACGGUCUUUUGA